CGGGGGAGGGUCAGAGAGAGGGAGACACAGAAUCUGAAACAGGCUCCAGGCUCUGAGCUGUCAGCAGAGCCGGACACGGGGCUUGAACUCACUGACUGUGAGAUCAUGACCUGAGCCGAAGUCGGCUGCUUAACCGACUGAGCCACCCAGGCGCCCCCGGAAAGGAAAUAUUUAAAGGAAUGGAGGAAAAUACUUAAAUGAUGGCAAAACCAAAACAAACACAAUAAAAACAAUAAGCAGUAAGUUUACAAAAUAAACAAUGGCAGAAAACUUGCCAGUUUUGAUGAAAAGUAUAAAUCUCAGAUCCAAAAAACAAACCCCAAGCAAAAGAAAUAUGAAAAAACACACACCAAAGCAUUUCAUAAAUUGCUAAAAGGACUUGUGGCUGGCUCAGUUGGUAUGGCAUGCAACUCUUAAUCUCAGGGUCGUGGGUUCCAGACCCACGCUGGGUGUAGGAAUUAUUUAAAAAUAAGUCUUUAAAAAAAAAUUUUUUUUAACAUUUAUUCAUUUUUGAGAGUGACAGAGACAGAGCAUAAGCAGGGGAUGGGCAGUGAGAGGGAGACAUAGAAUCCGAAGCAGGCUCCAGGCUCCCAGCUGUCAGCACAGGGCCAGACGCGGGGCUCAAACUCAUGGACUGAGAAAUCAUGACCUGAGCUGAAGUCAAACGCUUAACCAACUGAGCCACCCAGGCACCCCAAAAAUAAAAGUCUUUUUUAAAAGUUUCAGAAAACCAGUGAUGGGAAAAAAACAUAAAAAUCAGGCAAAAGGAAAAAAAAGAGACUUGUAUAAUCAGAGUAACAAAUUUAAGAAUGACAACUUGUUAGAAACAAUGUAAGCCAAAACAUAGUAGUCAGAUCUCUAAAAUGGGGGAGGGGGAGGGGUGGGCAAAAUACAAAAAAAUAUCAACCUAUUUUGUAGCUAAUGAAGUAUCUUUGAAAUACAAGAAAUAAAUCCUCUUCAUGAAAAAAAUACUAAAAGAAGUCUAGACAGAGAAAAAAUAAUACCGGGUAGAAAUUUGGAUCUACACACCCAAAAAAAGAAGUUUGUAUAUACAUAAAUAAAAAGCAUUGACAACAGUAAAUGAGGAUUGUAAAUAUAUCUUUAUUUAUAUUUAUAUAAAUUUUUAUAUUUUAUAUAUAUAUUUUAAAAUAUAUAUAAUAAAUUAUAUAUAUUUAUAAAUAUAAAUAAUAUCUUUAUUUUUUAAAACUUUUUUUUGAGAGAGAGACAGUGAACAGGGGAGGGUGAGAGAGAGAGAAAGAGAGACACAUAGAAUCCAAAGCAGACUCCAGGCUCUGUCAGCUCUAACCAAAGGUGAAAAAUCUACACACUGGAAACUAUAGAAAGCUUAUGAAAGAAAUUGAAGACACACACACACACACACAGGAAAAAUAUUCCAUGCUCCUGGAUUGGAAGAACAAAUAUUGUUAGAACGUCAUUACUACCCAAAGCAAUCUACACAUUCAAUACAAUCCUUAUCAAAGUAACACCAGCAUUCUUCACAGAGCUACAACAAACAAUCCUAAAAUUUGCAGGGAACCAGAAACGACUCAAUAGCCAAAGCAAUCCUGAAAAAGAAAACCGAAACCGGAGUCAUCACAAUCCCGGACUUCAAGACGUAUUGUAUUACAAAGCUGUAAUCAAGACAGUAUGGUACUGGCGCAAAAGCAGACAUUCAGAUCAAUGGAACAGAAUAGAGAACCCAGAAAUGGACCCACAAACAUAUGGCGAACUAAUCUUUGACAAAGCAGGAAUUGAAUAUCCAUUGAAAUAAGACACUCUCUUCCGCAAAUGGUACUGGGAAAACUGGACAGUGACAUGCAGCAAAAUGAACCUGGACCACUUUCUUACACCAUAUACAAAAAUAAACUCAAAAUGGAUGAAAGACCUAAAUGUAAGACAGGAAGCCAUCAAAAUCCUCGAGGAGAAAGCAGGCAAAACCUUUUUGACUUCGGCAGCAGCAAUUUCUUACUCAACAUGUCUCCAGAGGCAAGAAAAACAAAAACAAAAACAAACUGUUGGGACUUCAUCAAAAUAAAAAGUUUUUGCACAGCAAAGGAGACAAUCAGCAAAACUAAAAGGCAACCAACAGAAUGGGAGAAGAUAUUUGCAAACGACAUAUCAGAUAAAGGGUCAGUAUCCAAAAUCCAUAAAGAACUUACCAAGCUCAACACCCAAAAAACAAAUAAUCCACUGAAGAUAUGGGCAAAAGACAGGAAUAGACUUCUCCAAAGACGACAUUCAGAUGGCUGACACAUGAAAAAAUGCUCAACAUCACUCAUCAUCAGGGAAAUACAAACUAAAACCACAAUGAGAUACCACCUCACACCAGUCCGAAUAGCUAAAAUGAACAACUCAGGCAACAACAGAUGUUGGCGAGGAUGCAGGGAGAGAGGAUCUCUUUUGCACUGCUGGUGGGAAUGCAAACUGGUGCAGCCACUGUGGAAAACAGUAUGGAGGUUCCUCAAAAAAUUAAAAAUAGAACUACCCUACGACCCAGCAAUUGCACUAGUAGGUAGAAACAGGUGUGCUGUUUCAAAGGGGUAUGUGCACCCCAAUGUUUAUAGCAGCGCUAUCAACAAUAGCCAAAGUAUGGAAAGAGCCCAAAUGUCCACUGACCGAUGAAUGGAUCAAGAUGAUGUGGGGUACACACACACACACACACACACACACACACAUAUACACACACACACACACACACACACACUGGAGUAUUACUAGGCAAUCAAAAAGAACGAAACCUUGCCAUUUGCAACUACAUGGAUGGAGCUAGAGGGUGUUAUGCUAAGCAAAAUUAGAAAAAGACAGGAUUUUGGAAGACUAUUGCCCAGAAGAAAAGAUGUUUGGUUUUCACAAGCCAAAGAUGUACCGAAGUAUAGAGGGCUGCUGUAUUUGCAGAGCUAAGUCCUCCAGUUCUCGAUUCACUGACAGUAAACGCUAUGAAAAGGACUUCCAGAGCUCUUUUGGGUCGCAUGAGACUGGUUCAGGAGACAUCUGUAAUGCCUGUGUCCUGCUUGUGAAAAGAUGGAAGAAAUUGCCAGCAGGAUCACAAAAAAACUGGAAUCAUGUGGUAGAUGCAAGGGCAGGACCCAGUCUGAAGACAACAUUGAAACCAAAGAAAGUGAAAACUUUAUCUGGAAACAUGAUAAAAAGCAACCAAAUCAGUAAACUACAGAAGGAAUUCAAACGUCACAAUUCUGAUGCUCACAGUACCACCUCAAGUGCCUCCCCAGCUCAGUCUCCUUGUUAUAGUAACCAGUCGGAUGAUGGCUCAGAUACAGAGAUGGCUUCUGGCUCUAACAGAACGCCAUUUUUUUCCUUUUUAGAUCUCACAUACUGGAAAAGACAGAAAAUACGUUGUGGGAUUAUCUAUAAAGGCCGUUUUGGAGAAGUUCUCACUGACACACAUCUAUUCAAGCCUUGCUGCAACAAUAAGAAAGCAGCUGCUGAGAAGCUGGAGGAGCAGGGGCCAGAGCCUCUGCCCAUCUCCACUCAGGAGUGGUGACUGAGGUUUAGGUAGAAGGGGAACAAAAAAACGAUUUAAAUUUUGGAAAGAAAACAAAGCAACAAAACCCUCCUAUUUUUAACUUGGAUACCUGCUAUUCUGCCAAAAGACACUUUCUAGAAUAGUUUUGAAUGGGUUGUUAUUUCUCCUCCAGUUCCACAAACUCUGAAGCCAGUGUCUAGCUUACUAAAAGAAAAAAAGUACACAUAACAUUUAAGAUGCUGAGUAUUUCACAGGAAAGCUGAUGCUGCUGUAAAGUGCUCUUUAAGUCUUUUUUUUUUUUAAGCCCCUUCUAAUGAAUGAAUCUAGGGGAAUUUCAGGGGACAGAGAUGGGAUUUGUUGUAUGAUAAACGUAUGUAGUUUUAGUCUUUCUAUAUUCAGAAGCAGUGUUGGGCAUUUUUAAGAUGGCUGGCUAUACUUGUUUUCCUUCAUGAUAAUAAAUUUGUCAUAACUCAGUAACAUGGACUUGCCCCAAGAGGUAGUUGUCAAUAAUUUAAGGUCUUGCCAAAGUUCUGAUGAUUCAAGCCUGUACUACUGAAUAUUAAGCAGGACAGACUAAGCUCUCUGGUGCAAAUGCCUCGAAGGAGUAGUUUCUAAACAUACAGAGAGGUAACUUGAGUGUAUAUGUUUCAUCCUCUGUCACCUCCCUCCAUAUUCAUUUUUGAUAAAGAUUUUAAUCUAUAUUGAAACUUCUAAAGCAGAAUCAAAGCUCCUCUGGGGAAAUGUCAAGUUUUAGGAUGAGCAAUCCUAAAUGAAGAGAACCAAAGCAUUGCCGCAUGGUAGAGAUCACAUUCUAUUAAAAAUGUUAAAUUAUCUAAAAAAAAUGUUCACGUCUUCAGGAUGGCACACACAAAAAACAAAGGUUAAUGCUGCUUGGGGCACAUUUCUUAGAGGGCUUGCCUAGUGUGUAAAUAAUUGACUUUUGUUUGUGUUACAUGACUGGGGACUUCAUUGAAAAUCUGCGCAAUUCAGUUUUAGCUCUGGAUUACUUCAGUUGACCUUUGUGAAGGUUUUGUCUGUGUAGAGUGAGUUGGGGUUGUUUGACUGGUUUUAACCUAUUAGGGUCUGGGGUUUUUGUUUUUUUUUUUUUUCCACUCUAUAUUAAAGUAAAAUUCUAAAAGAAAAGAAGUGUGUGUUAAUGCUGAGUGGGCUGGUUUAGGUUUGACUUCUUUUAGUCAGGCUUUGCGAACAUUGAAAUGUUAGAUGAUGCAUCCUGAACACGGAGCUCUUUGAUUCCAAAAUCUUCAUUUGAGGCCUUUUUACCUGAACCCAAACCAAAGUACUGUCAUUGCCUCUUUUCUAAACGUUCAGGAAUAACCUAUCACCGGUUCAGACCUCUCAUAAUUAGGGAGGAUCAUUUGCCUACCUUAUAAUAACAUGACUCAGUGCUUAUUUUUAAAACUGGAUUUUAAAAAUUACAUAGUAUAAAUAACAGUAAGGAGUGAGCCAUUUUUUACGGGCACCAUAUAGUUUUAUAAUUCUUAAUCUAAACUUAAAAUUUUAUAUUUCUUCCUUAUGGCAAAAACUACAAGCCACCAUAUGCACAGAUUACACCAUGAGUUGGGUUGGCUCUCCCACAGCCUCUGAGGUGAAUUACAAGAGUCCCAGCCAUUAUCAUAUUCCUCCUGUUGUUUCCAAAUGGUUUUUUUUUUAUUUUUUGGUACAUUUUGGCUACAGUAUUGGUGGUAGAAUAUACUAUAAUAUGGAUCAUCUCUACUUCUGUAUUUAUUUAUUACCAGACCUCAACCACAGCCUUCUUUUUCCCCUUCCACCUCUUUGCCUGUAGGAUGUACUAUAUGUAGUCAUGCACUUUGUAUUAAUAUAUUAGAAAUCUACAAAUCUGUUUUGUACUUUUUAUACUGUUGGAUACUUAUAAUCAAAACUUUUAUUAGGGUAUUGAAUAAAUUUAGUCUUACUAGAAAAUAAAAAAAAAAUUAGAGAAAGAAAAUGGCCUACGACUUCACUCAUAGGAGGAAUUUAAGAUACAAAACAGAUGAACAUAAGGGAAGCAAAAAUAAGAACAGGGAGGGGCAGGGUGUCUGUCGAUUAAGAAUCAGACAUCAGCUCAAGUCAUGAUCUCACACUUCAUGGGUUUGAACCCCAUAUCUGGGUCUUUUCAUUCCAGCUUGGAGCCUGGAGCCUACUUCGGAUUCUGUCUCCCUCCCUCUCUGCCCUUCCCCUGCUCGUGCUCUCUCUCAAAAAUAAGUAAUAAAACAUUAAUUAAUUAAUUAAUUAAUAAAACAGGGAAGGGGACAAAAGACUCUUAAAUACAGAGAACAAACUGAGGGUUGCUGGAGGGGUUGUGGGUGGGGAUGGGCUAAAUGGGUAAGGGGCAUUAAGGGGCAUUAAGUGCUUGUUGGGCCAAGCACUGGGUGUUAUUUAUACAUAAGGGAUGGAUGAAUCACUGGAAUCUACUUCUGAAAUAAUUAUUGCACUAUAUGCUAACUUGGAUAUAAAUUUAAAAAUAAACAAAAUUAAAAAUAAACAAACAAACAUACAAACAACUCUCUCCAUAGCAUGUAUCUUUUGAAAAACAGUUACUUUCUCAUUUGUUAACAGAUCAAUUUUAUCUUAGGGCACCUGGCUAGCUCAGUCAGUACAGCAAACAACUCCUGAUCCUGGGUGGUGAGUUCAAGCCCCACACUGGGCCAAGAGCUUACUUAAAAACAAAACAAAACAAAACAACACAACAUUAUCUUAAACAGUUUAUUUUCAAAGUAUCUGCUAAUGGGUUUACUACUGACAACCAUUGUUUUCAACCUAAUGUGGCUAACAAAGAGCUAGGAAUACAAACUAUAAAAGGGUCAAUUCUGCUAUUGUCUUGCUAUUUGUGCUUGCAUUAUCACCUUCAAUCCACCAUUUCUAAGCCCAGAAUCUUUUAAACACAUUGUCCAUUUUUAUAAGAGCUAGUUUAAAACUGGAAAAAAAAGUCCUAUCUAGACUUACCAUGGUGAUCAUUUGGUAAUAUGUACAAAUGUUGGAUUGCUAUGUUGUACACCUGAAACUACUGUCAAUUAUAUCUCAAGUUCUUUAAACCUAAUCUUAAUGGGUAAAGAUGUGGCACAUAUACAUAAUGGAAUAUUACUCAGCCAUAAACAAGAGCAAGAUCCUGGUGCCUGGAUGGCUCAGCUAGUUAAGCCCCCAACUCCUGGUUUCAGCUCAGGUCAUGAUCUUGCGGGUCUCCCCCACAUCGGGCUCUGCGAGCCUACUUGGGAUUUCUCUCUGCCACUCCCUGGCUCAUUUUCUCUCUC